CGCGGCGGAUUUCUUGCUAUCAGGUUGUAUCAACCAAUCAGGAAGUACCACCUCCCAUUGCAUCAUUUCCAAAAAUAGAAACUUGUAGGCAUGGCUUUUCCAAGAAAACGCUACUCAUAACCAGUCUACGUUGCUUGUAGGGUAUGGCCGAUGCCGAGAAGAUGGAUAAAAAGGAAGUCAUGAUUUUAGAAGUGGCAAAAAAUACGGUUUUGUUCGACAAAUCUGAUAAAGCUUACAAAGAGACAGUCAAAAAGAAAGAUAUUUGGAAGGCAAUUGGAGAGAAAAUUGGACUGACAGGUAAAGAAGUGGAAACUCGUUGGAAGAAUGUGCGUGAUGGCUUUUCUAAAUAUAAAAGGAAGCUGAAAUGCCAGAGCGGGGAUGCAGCUAAACCAGUCAAGGAAUACAAGUACGCAAAAGCUCUGUCCUUUCUAACCCCCUACUUGGGUGACAGACCCACCAGCAGCAACUUGACAGAGGGAUCAGAUGAGGACCCAUUGCCACCAGACACCUUCUCUGACGAAGAAGAUGAUGCAAGUCAAAUAUCUGACAUCCAGCCACGACAUGAUCGACCAGUUACACCACUGAGCACCAGUGUUGCCUCCUCAAGUCAGUCCAAGCGAAAACAAAGGCGCACUCAGGAUGAUUUGGACGCCACCUUAUGUCACUAUUUGAAGAAGAAGUCACGUACUCCUGAGAAAAGAGAGGAAAAGCAAGAUGAUGUGGAUCUGUUCCUUCUGUCAAUGGCCGGAACAAUCAGAAAGCUCCCUGCACGUAAACGGACCGAGGUUAAGUUUAAAAUACAUAGCGUCGUACAUCAAGCGGAAAUGCAGUGCUGCUUCCCUGAAAUGUCGACACCAGUUGAUAUGCAGCCCAUGAGUGAACUUCCGAAUUUGACCUACACCCGAUGCAUGACAUCUCCUGCGCAUGACAUGCAGCCAAUGGGCAGCCAGCCCACCGUCAGAAGCAACUUGGAAUCAACCUUUCAGGGCUUCCAGUCGUACUCCCAGUUUCUGGACUCUCAGGGAUCGUGA